AAAUGGCAUCCGAAUAAAUUAAAAUAAGUUCUUAACAGAAGACCUUUCGCUGAGUGGCGUGACGAUGCCGGUGACGUCAUAGAAAUAGUGUCAUAGCAAGUGUGAACUACCAAGUACGCUGCUGCCGUUUGGGAGCUGAGAACAAUUCAAUACAUUGGUGAGAUAUUGGCGGAUUAAAAAGAAAUAAAAUGACGAGUUCUGUCACUCGCACCACCUCCAGGCAGAUUGAGACGAAAAUGUUGAAAGAGGAGCGAGAAUAUGACUACUUGUAUGAUCCAGUUUACACCGUGUCAUCAGAGGUCGACCAUGCUAGAUCCAGUUUUAAAAGUUUUAAGGGUCAAGUUAUUAAAAUGCCAUCGUUUGAGUCCAUGUUCAGCAAUGAAAGGGUGACUUUCCGGCUGGACCCAAAAGGUGACCUGGUGCCGGCAUUUGUGGACCGUCGAUGGCGUGGACACGCAGAACGACACCAGCAGGCCCUGCAGCAACUGGCCGGGGUGAUCCCAAAUGUUCAGCCUUUGAUGAAAAGGGAAGAGUGCCAGUUGAGUGGAGCUGAUCACUGGAAGUAUUAUAAAAGACCUCAUCUUCCAUAUGUGGAACAGAUUGCCUUGGAUGUGAAUCGUGAUGCUUAUCAAGAAGACUCUAGAGAAACUAGAGGUAGACCUAACACCCUGGACCCCCCUACCCACUUCACAGUGGCGGUCCAGACAGACUACAGGGAGAGUGAAGCACAGACGGACCCCUACACUCCUGACUAUUUGCUACAGUGUGGCACCACCCCUUCAGAGCUGCUGACCUUGGCGUCUUUCACCUGGGAGCGAGGUCUGCCGGCCAGUAUAGAAGAAGUGGAAAUGAUCGAGCGAGCGCGGGCAAGGCGGGUCUAUGAGGAGAGAUUUCCUUCGCUUAAUGACGUCGAUCAGCUGCACAAAAGGAGGCGUAUGAUGGAGAUAAUGGAGGCCAAAGAGUGGGCUUUCAGAGAAGGCAAAAUACAGAAGUUGCAGGACGCUCGUCUGGCCGUGCUGGGGGAGAUGUUGCAGCAGAGAGACCACGCCGAGGUGGCCUUCACCAAAGAGAGACUCAAUAAUAUUUACUCCAAACUUCUCAAAGAGAAGGAGACCAAGCUCCACAAGGUUGACAAGGACCACAUGAGAUCAAUGAGGAAGCUGGAGGCCAAGAGGAGAAACAUGGAGGCGAUUAUCAAGCAGCUUGGCACUUGUAAAGACUACAACAUUUACUCUUCUUUGACUAGUGCAUCACGAGCCUGCGGGGACAAAGUCAAGAAAAGUCAAAGUUAUGAAUUCAAACGCUUGGAGACUUACGACGGCUCGUUCAAUCAAGUGCACAAACCCGCCGACCCGUAUAAGCAGCAGAAGAAGUACGCCAAAGCCAAACUCAACAUGAGCAAAGUCAUCAUAAGGCCGCCCGAGAGCAGAAGAAGCUUUCUGUUACAGAAGUACAAGGACCUGAAGGAGGAGCUGGCUAAAUAUCUCGUCAAGAAGGAAAAGCCUGCUCCUCGUCCUGUUACCCCCACUGUGGAGGAGCCCCCAGAGGGCGAGGAAGAGAAGGAGCUGGCAGUCAUCCAUCUGCAGAAACUACUGAGAGGAAGAAGCAUACAAACUGAGAUAUUUAACGACAAAGAGAACCACCUGGACCUUAUCAAGGAACUGAGGACCACACACGCCCUGAGAGCAAAGGAACAGCGGAUGCAGGAGGCCGACAAAGAACUGGUCUUGGCCCUCAAAGAGGAGCGAGAAAAGUUGCGACUUAAGAGGUCGCGCGAGGAGGCUUCCCGCGCUGCAGCCGUGGGCGCUGAGCUGGAGUACGCCUUCGACACUUUGUCCAAGGAGCUGAUCCGUCUCCAGGAGGAGCGCCGCAUCCACGCCUUCACCCUGCUGGCCGAGAGGGAGCGUCUGCGCAGGGAGGCCGAGGAGAGCGGGAAGAGGCAGACCGAGGAGCGCCGACGAAUGGAGGACGACGAGAUCUUCAGACAAGUGGUGCAGGUCCACCAGGAAACGGUGGACUUGUACUUUGAGGACGUCAUCCUGGACACAAUGGAGAUAACAGCAGACCAGCAGGCCAGAGAGGAGAUCCGCAGGGUGGCCAAGGAGGUCAAUGACAUUGCCUACGCCAUCGAGGAGAGCCGCAACAACCUUCAGUCAGAGGAGAUCGUGUCGGAAUUGGUGUACAGCUUCUUGAUCCCAGAAGUGGAAAAGAUCAGCGUCAGGCAGAGAGUGCAAGAGAGACAACGCAGACACCUGCUGGCGGUCCGCAGCAUCGUGGAGGGUCUGCCGCAGCCGCAGAUCCAGUCGAGCACGAUGGGCACGCCGCAGGUGACCCGCUUCUCUGAGGUGGCGGCCCAGAAAGCCUUGGACCAGAUGCUAGACCCGGAUCAGAGCGAGGACGCGGCCGAAUAACGCAAAGGUUACACUGUCGCUUGUAACAUCCAAUACAAGACUUGUAUCAAAAAUGAGGUAACAAGAUAAUGCUCAUGUUUCAUGACAAUACCAGAUAUUCAUUUGACAUGUUUAUUAAUAACUUUCACGCCUUAUGACUUGCUGGCAUGACUUAAGAUGCAGUCGCUCUAAUCUUUUUUUCCUGUGAGCCCACUUGUUGUUGUCUCAUUUUUCCACAUAGUCUUAUUCUACUUUAGAUGUCACACCUGUAAACAUACAGUGGGUACGGAAAAUAUUCAGGCCCCUUUACACUUGUCACUCUGUUUCAUUGCAGCCAUUUGCUAAAAUCAAAAAAGUUCCGUUUUAUUUCUCGUCAAUGUACACUCAGCACCCCAUAUUGACAGAAAAAAACUGAAAUGCAGAAAUGUUUGCAAAUGUAUUAAACUGAUCAAUCACAUGGUCGUAAAUAUUCAGACCCUUUGCUCAGUAAAGUGGAAGCACCUUUUGAGCAAGUGCAGCCUUAUUAGUCUUCUUGGGAAUGAUGCAACAUGUUUUUUUACACCUGGAUUUGGUGAUCUUCUGCAGUGUCUGUCAGGUUGGAUGGUAAAUGUUGGUGGACAGCCAUUUUCAGGUCUCUACAGAGAUGCUCAAUUAAGUUUAGGUCAGGGUUCUGGCUGAGCCAGUCAAGAAUGAUCACAGUGUUGUUACAAAGCCACUCUUUUGUUAUUUUUAGCUGUGUGUUUAAGGUCAUUGACAUGUUGGAAGGUGAACCUUCGGCCCAGUUUGAGGUCCUGAGCACUCUGGAAGAGGUUUUCUUCCAGGAUAUCUCUGUUCAUCUUUCCUUCAAUUGUAACCCGUCACACCCCCAUAGCAUGAUGCUGCUGCCACCAUGUUUCACUGUUGGGAUUGUAUUGGGCAGGUGGUGAGCAGUGCCUGGUUUUCUUCACACAUACCGCUUUGAAUUAACACCAAAAAGUUCAAUCUUGGUCUCAUCAGACCAGAUGUGUUUUUUUGGCAAACUCGAUGCUUAUAUGUGUUGCACUGAGGAGAGGCUUCAGUCGGGCCACUCUGCCUUGGAGGUGGAGGGCUGCAGUGAUAGUUGACUUUGUGGAACUUUCUUCCAUCUCCCUAAUGCAUCUCUGGAGCUCAGCCACAGUGAUCUUUGGGUUGGCCGGACGACCAGUACUAGGAAGAGUUGAGGUUGUCCCAAACUUCUUCCAUUUAAGGAUUCUGAAGGCCACUGUGUUCUUAGGAACCUUGAGUGCUGCAGAAAUGAUUUAGUAACUUUGGCCAGAUAUGUGCCUUGCCACAAUUCUGUCUCUGAGCUCCUUGGGCAGUUCCUUCCACCUCAUGAUUCUCAUUUGCACUUCUUCUUCUUCUUCUUUUGUUUUUUUUUAUGGCGGUUGGCAAGCAACCUUGUGGUGUGCAUUACCGCCACCUACUGUAAUGGAGUGUGAACCGAGAUGGAUCCCUAUUCUAUAUUCUUUUAUUUAACCCAGUGUUUUAUAAAUACCGUAUUUUUCGGACUAUAAGUCGCAGUUUUUUUCAUAGUUUGGCGAGGCUCCAGUGCGAUUAAUGUUUUUUUCCUUCUUUAUUAUGCAUUUUCGGCAGGUGCGACUUAUACUCCGAAAAAUACGGUAUGUGUAUAUUGCUUAAUAUCCUAUAUGUUCUGAAUUCAAUCCUAAUAUAUCUUCCACUGCUAACCUAAUAUUUUCUUUCGCUAACUUACUUUCCAGUAUUUCCCUUUCUCUAUUAUAUUUUCUACAAUUUAUUAUUAAAACAUGUCCUACACUUUCUAUCUGUUGGCAAGAAUCACACAGUCCUGUUGUAUGUUUCCUUAUCAAUUUUAAUGAACUAUUUAAGUAUGUAUGUCCUAAUCUCAUUCUAGUAAUGUCUUCUUCCUUUCUAUUUCUAUUACACCUACUCUCCUCUGAACUUUGUAAUACUCUCUACCUUUUCUUUCCUUAUUCCAAUUAUCCUGCCACUUUUUAUUGUGUUCUAUCUUAAUUGUGUUCUUCACUUCUUCUUUACUGUGCUUAAUCUCCAUGUUUACUUCUGUUUUAUUAGUUGCUUGUUUUGCGUAUCUAUCAGCAAAUUCAUUCCCCACAACUCCUACAUGAGCAGGAACCCAAAGAAAUGUUACCAUACCUCCCGCUUUAUUUAUUCUGCAUAUUGCCUGAACUAUUUCAUAAACUAGAUCUUGUCUUGUUUCUGAUGCGAUGUUUUUAAUGCUGAUCAGCACUGCUGGAGUCCGGGCACACGACUGCUUUCCUUGCUUUAUUUUCCUCUAUCCAGUUAACUGCCGUAUAAAUUGCAAUCAAUUCCCCCGUAAAAACAGAUAACUUAUCACUGAUUAUUUUACUAAGUACUAUGUUUCCUUGUGGGAUAACUGCUGCAGCUCCUAUUUUACUACUUAUAUUUUUUGGUGCAUCUGUGUAUAUUAUGAUGUCUAAAACCGUUUCCUCAAUCCAUUGUUCUAUCUGGUAACUAUUUAAAUUUCUAUUCUUUAGUAAUUGCUUGUUUACCUUUGGGUUUUCAUACAACCACGGUGGUAUUGCAGGGAUUGGUACUGUAGGGCUAACUUUAAUAUUGUCAAUUUGAGCUUUAUUACUGUAUUUUUCGGACUAAACGUCGCAGUUUUUUUCAUAGUUUGGCCGGGCUCCAGUGCGACUUGUUUUUUUCCUUAUUUAUUAUGCAUUUUCGGCAGGUGCGACUUAUACUCCG